UCACCACAACAGAGGCGGCGACCGGGGAAGGAUGAGACAACGGAUUCCUACUCAUUUUUGCCAAUAAUGUCAAGUACCGGGCAUUCCACGAGGGUUCCCGGUCUCCGCCAGCAGGGUAGACAUCAUCUCUUGCAGAAACUUCACUUUAGAGAACUGUAUGGGGAAACUAGACAGACUCGCUCCCGCCCCAGGCAGCGACUAUUUUACCAGUUACCCCAUCGAUUGGCAUUCUCUUUGGCUCAGGUGGCUCCCACAUCCGCACUAGCAGCAGGGCACAUAUUUUUAGGGUUCACAAAAUGCGGUCAGUUUGUCCUUUCAUACACUCAUUCUUGUGACACAGAUGAUCACACACUGCAAAUGAUACACAGGUACAGGCUCCACUGGUGGGUGUUUGUACCAUAUGCACCAUUGAGAAAAGUAGCAGAGGUAAUGCUCUUUGGUGACCAGGACCUCCAGGAGAGUGUUUAUGAAAAUAUAUUCAUCUCUGUAUGUCAAUGGCCAAAGGACCUCUCAAAAAUUCUUGUUUAUGGCUGCAGUAUGAUUGAAGGCCUUGACGGCAAUUCUUCACAAACUCGUCGGUGCUAUAUCACUAUCACAGCUGUCCCUUCACUUGAUAAUUGUUCAGCUUGCUACCAAGUGGCUACAUCAUACGAAGAAGAUGAUUUAGCAGAGCGGUGGAACAGCUGUGCACGAUUCAGCUGCUUACAACAUGGGAUCACAGUGCACACCAGCUUUGAGAUGGUGCCUCCUUUCCCAAGAUUCCUCCCAAAUGUACAAAUGAAGCGGGAGGGCUUUGUGGUGCUUAAUGCUGGCAAUUUUAUCCAUGUGUUGAAUGUUAAUCUUGAAAACAUGGACAGAAAGAUGAAGGAAGUAGAGACAGAAAUAUUAGGUAUGAGAAUCAAUGAGAUAAGUUCUGAGGAGAGAGAUGAGGAGGAGGAGAGUGAUGAUGAGAGAGAGCAAGGAAAAGUUAAAGAAAAUAGGGCCUCUUCAGGUAAGCAGUACUGUGGAUCAAGCCUCAGAUCAGGCAAAGAGUUCAGUGUGAUGGACAGCUCAAGCAGUGAUGUUGACCUGGAGGCAGAUGGCCGGAGUAGUUGUGAGGAGGAGAAGGAACACACAUUGAAAAAGAUCCAAGCAGUAUUGAACACUGGGGGUAUGUGUGGGUGCAGUAGUUCAAUGAGUGAUAAAGACAGAGAAUGGGAAAUUCUGAUCGGAAGUGUAGCACCAAGAAAUGAUGAGAGGGCAAGAACUGAGGGUUGUAAUAACAUUCAUAGGAUGUGUGAAAAUUAUCCAAGGGGCAGUACCAUGGAAGGUCAGGGUAUGUCUCAUAGACUUGACAUCAAUGACUGUGAUAAAAGUCCUGGCAGUUGUUUAGAUCAAGAUGAUGGUGCCACAGCUGUCCAGGGCAUCGUUCGUAAUCUCUCGCUCAAAGAUUUUCAAUUGCCUGAUGAUUCUCCAUACCAUUUUUAUGGAGAAAGUGACACUUUCAAUGAUAACGACUCAGACGACUCAACCAGGUGCUCGCACAUAAGUGAAGAUUCUCGCCUGGGCCGCUCAGAUCUCAGGGACACAGUGAGCAUUAGUGAUAGGUGUAAGAAUGGAUCAAAUUGCUGUGGAAAUAAUAUAAAGGCUGAUGAUUGUGCCUUUAAUACUCAACAACAGGGUAGAAUGGUACUUAGAAGUUCAAGUGAAAGUUCCUAUGGGGAGAAGACACCAGUGAAACUCGCAGAAAAAGAAUAUGAAUUCAUAGAUGAAAUUACAGACUCCCGACAUGAAAAACUUAGUGUAUUCAGGCGAAGGCGACUGGCUGACAAGAAGUACGAAUUCUCAGAUGAGAACAUAGAGAAUGUUCCUCAAAAGUACAGCAGUUUCAGAAACCAGAGUCGGAGAUUGAUCAUGAGUCCUUCUCGGUCACCACGAUUCCGCUCAAUGGGUGUGCCAUUGUCUGAAUUAUCCAUAGAGCUGGGCGAGUCAUCCGGCUUCAUAAGAUCCAUGUAUGAAAAGCUUCUAAGUCCAACCUCGGGUAGUGGCUCUCCCAGCGAUGUACUCAGACCCAUCAACCAGAAUAUCACUAGUCCCAUCCUAUCACCUCGAGAUGAUCGCUGGAGAGAGGAAAUUGAUCGAUUAGAAAAGGCUGAACUACAAAGAUGGAGUUCAAGAGAAAGUUUAGGCUUGUAUGCACUGAGUCCUGGAUGUGUGCAGAAGGCAUCAGAGAAAUCUUCAAAUACUACCCCAGCUAAUGCUCCAGAUCCCACACAGUCUCAGGCUCUGAAUUGUGUAGUUGACUUCAAUCGGAGAUAUAUCGAAGUUGAUGAUGAACUAGUGUCAAUUAUCACUGAUAUAGAAGAUGAUGAGUUGGGAACAGCCACUGGUUAUCACAAUGCACUACCUCUGGAAGUCCAUGGAUCAGGCUACACACAGAUGCAUAUGAUAUCUAAUACCAAAGCUGAGAAACUGAUGGUGCCUGGUGUGCUAGUGAAACAGGUCAGCCUAGAUGUUGAGCAGUUUUGCCAUGAGAUGGCCCAAAGACUUUGUACGGAAGCAGGCAAGAAGUACUUCUUUUGCAAUGACUAUAAUGUUGAAAUUGUUGAUGUAUGUCCCAGCAGUGGAAAUAUAGUUGCCUUAGCCUCUGUGCUUGUUCAGGCAGCAACCAUGGUCAAGGGGCUUGGCAAGACAGUUCGAUCUCCACUCAGUUCUCUUACUCGAAAGCAAUACAAAACUACAGCAACAUUCAUUUUCAAUAUGGAUACCAAACAGUAUUAUCUUGUAGAUAAGGAACCACUACUUGAAGAAGAUCCAUACAGCCUAGAGAAUAUGGAGGGAGAUGUUGGUGACGAGAGAUGGUGGCAGAGUGCACGACAAACAGCUCGCCAAUUACGAACUCAGUGGGCUGUACCAACAGAUUAUUAUUCAAGUGUAAAAGUUUUAACCAAUGAACCACUUUUAAAAGGUAAAUCACUGAACCACAUAAUGGAAGGACAGCACCUGGUAGCAUUAGUACUUGGUCCACACCAGCAAGGACUAUGAGAAAACCCAACUUUAUCAACAUAUAUUUUCAACUUGAGCAAGAGUGUAUGACAUUGCUGAACAUAUGCUUCCUCUUCCACGAUUUCGGUUUUUUCACAUUGCCAUUUUUUUUGCUCUGAUAAGGAAGCUAAAUGCUUAAUCUUCUUUUAAUGCCAACACUGUGAUUUGGAUUAGCAAAUACCAACUUGUUCUUUGGGAUAUCAUGCAUUUUAGCCAUUGCUGCCUUUUUUCAUGGUAGGAUGUUGAGAACAAGGCACUCUCUCCUAUUGUGCUAAUACCUUGGGCCUGCAGAGUAAACUGUUAGCAAACAAGAAGAUUCAAAAUAAUAGACUUCUCACUGAUUUCACAGUACAUACCUGUGGCUAGUUCAUUUCAUGAAAUAUUAGGAGAAAACGUCUCCAAACAACUUAGGUUGUAUCCAUUCAGAUUUAUAUAUUGAGUACUUUACCAUAAAUUCAUGUGUAGCUUCAAAUUUAAGUCAGAUUUGAUAAAAGAAUGAUGGCAGCCACUGGAGCUAUGAAGUUUUUAAGGGAGUUGACUUAUGGGCAUUUUUAAUGAAAGGAGAUCUAAGAAAUGAUUUUGAGUCCAAAAAAAGAAGUUAAUAUGAUUUACAUUUCAGGUAAUUUAACAAGUUUAAUACCACAGCUUGACGUGAUUUAGGUUUAUUUAAUCUACAAGCCAAUCUCAGGUUAUUUGUUCUCUCUUGACAUUGUGAUUUAGUUUCCCUUUUUUGCUUGAUAAGUGCCUUUUAUCACUUCAAUGGUGGAUGUUUUGUGUCAUAUUCAAAUGCAACACAUUAGUGAUAAACCUGCAAAGAAGGUUGGUAGGUUUUCUGGGUUAACAAGUUUUAUUGUUCAGAACUAUUAUUUUAUCCAGUUUAUGGACUGUAGCGAGUUCAUUCUGUCAUUGUCUUUAUUGUCUUAAUUAUGAUCCUAUUUAUUUCUUUAAAAUGAUGAUAAUUGAUAUUGUUAUCAUUUUAUGCUCCUGAUGCUGCUUUACAAGUCUUCUAAGUAGAAUGUUGCUACAUGAUAGCUUAGUAUUGCGAAAGAUGAAUUUAGCAAUAUAUGACAUGUGGCAUUUAUAAGCAAAUGCAACCUAGGAUGGCUAAGUUAUAGCUCUUCUAAAUCAGGGAUCCCUCGUCACAAGCAGCAUAAGGCAUUCUCUGUAGGGAAGGGAAAUUAUCAUUCUUUCUGUAUUAUUUGAUUUACAUCAUGCUUUUUUUAAUCUGUUAUCAUUAGUUGCAGGAGUAAAAAGGUAUGUUGGAUUCAAUCUAUUUCAGAUUCGUUCACAUUCUUAUUCACUUUAUCUCCCUCCUGCUCUUCUGAUUUUGCCCUGUUUCCCUCAGUUUAUUUUCAUUUUUUUUUUUCAUUUAUAUUUAUUUCCUUCUGAAGAAGUAAGAGCAGCUAACAUUAAGACCUCAGGGCACUUCAUGAACAGGGAUUUUGAUUUAACAGCAUCAUUCUUUCUGCAUUUCUGCUUGUUUUCACCAAUUAUAGGAAAUGGCAUCUUUUGAAAAAUCAUUCAAGCCAAUAUUAAUCAUGGCAGGAACAUGAUGAAUACACAGUGUAUUUCAUACACUAGAAAUGCAGUUGCUGCAAAACAGUGAAAAGUGCUUUGGCAUAAGAAUAUCCUGCUAAAUGGUUGCUGAAGAUAUUUAUGAAACCUUUUUUUUUUUUUCUACCUUAUGCUAAUGUGAUAGGCACUCAUAAUACUAAGAUUAUUUGAGAUUAAAGAUUAUGUUAUGCUGUGAUGCAGCCAUCACUCAAGAAUGAAAGAUAGUGUAAGCAGUGAAAGUUGAUGCUUUGGGAGACAAUGUAUGUGAUUUAUGGUUGUAAAUUAAGAGUAUGGAAGGCAGAUUUUGGGAAAGAGGGUUACUACACUCUUUCUUAAUCUUUCUGGAAUUAAUGUUAGAAAUUCUUAAAAGUUUUUGUCUGUUAGCAGCACUCAAUUCAUGACAUGCUAACAAAGACUUAUUUAUUAGAAAGCAGGAAAAUGUAUUUCAAAGUCACUGUUGCAUGCAGUUUUAGCUCAAGACAUCAACAGAAACUUGUUUGUUUUUCCUGUUGUAGGACUGUGUAUCUCAGAUGUCUGAGGAUAUAUUACUGAUGUGGAACUAAUGGUCCAAAAAGCAUUUUUAAGCUAUGUCCGUAUGUCCUUAGGAUUAGUACAGAAAAUAAUUACAGAAGAUUGAAGGAAUGUCUCUAGAUGGUUUCGAAUGUAAAGAUCUACAGGUAUUCCUAGAACCAUGGACAUUUUUUCUUUUUCUUUUUUUCUCUCUGAAAUUCUUUCUUACAUCUUUUCAUUAUUUGUUAAGAUAACUAGGGUUAAAAAGGACUGAUGAGAUUGAAUCUUGACAUCUCACCUGUAGCCCAUAAUGGUGCUAGACUGAGAUUGCCUCCAGCUAUUUUUUAUGGAUAGAAACAAAGAGAAAAAAAAAGAAAAGAAAAUGUUUCUCUUUUUUCCUAAUUUUAUUUAAUUUUCCUUAAUUUAUCUUUUCCGUAAUAUGCGCUCUCCUUGAUUGUGCGGGUACUAAAGUGGGACGUACAAGAUUUCCUUCAACCACACAUCCCCCUUCUUCUUUCUUUCUUUCUUUCUUUCUUUGGUUUUUCUUAAUCAAUACCAUUUUCAUAGUCAGUGACAUUCCACAUGUAAAUGAUUUAAAUAGCUUUGUAUAGUAUGUGGCUGAGUUCUUCAUUCUUUUCCCUUUUCAUGUCUCCUUUUAUACAGUAUUUUGAUAUAUUGCUCUACUGCUACAGUAACUAUACUGAAGGUUAUUUUCUUGGACUUGGUGAUGUUAGAAAGCCAGAAUUUCCUCCUUUAAUUUCCGCAUUGUUUCUGGUAUUGAUAGAUGAAGUAAUUUUUAUUUAAUUGCCAUCAUUAUUUAUUUAUUUAUUUUAUUUAUUUAUUUUUUUUCCCAAGGUAUACUUUUCCAAUACAAAUACUUUGCACACAAUAUAGAAAUAUGUAUGAUGUUUUGCGAGACCUUCAUCAGCAUUAUUAGACAGAUGUUCUGAGUAAUUAUUCAGAAAUGAUGUACUUUUAGUCUAGAGAUAUUAUUGGUUGUGAUCAUUAUUAUUUUAAUGAAUUUGAUCUGUAUCAGUGGAUUUCCUUUCCUCUUCAUUAGCUGAUUUAGGUAUAUAUGCUGGACAGAUUCAGUAGUAUGUAUACUAAAUAUUCUUAAUAUUCUGUAUAAUGCAUACUUUGACAGAAAUAUUUUGAACAUAUAAUAUACUUUGUAGGGGGGAGAAUAUGACAUGUUUUUAUACAGUACAUAAAGCAUAAUCUGUCCAUUUGUUUAAAACUUUGAUAUAUGUUUCUUUGAAGCAGUUGAUGGUGGCCAUGUAAUUUUACUCAGGGUAUGUUUAUUUUAUAUGCAUUAUUAUCUUUAGUUAUGUGUAUUUUUUUUUAUUUUUUUUAUUUUUGAUAGGAUACUUUUUACCCAUGUUCCCAAUAAGAUAUACAUGUAGUAUUAAUUGUUUCAUGGCUAUGACAUUUUCUUCAUUUCAGAUUAUUAUAGGACUGCUUGUCGGUGUUAUUAUUUUAAUUCAUUUUAGCAAAAGGAAAGUAUAUGGACUAAGUUUUUGGCAGAUUGUCAAGUCUAGAUUUUUUUCUUCUUCAUCUUCUUCUAAUGCAGAAUUGAUUUUCAUUUUACAAAAAAGGGAAGAAAAAAAAGAAAAGUUAGGGUCUUGUUUCCCUAUGAGGAUAUUUUCCUUUUUUCUUUUUUCUUUUCUUUUUUUCAUUAUAAUCAUGAUAAUGAUAAUAAUAAUAAGAAUAAGAAUAAGAAUAAGAAGAAAAUGAAGAAGAGGAGAAGAAAAAUAAGAGGUUUACAUCCAUAGGAAAAUCUUCAUGUCAGUCAGUGUAGACUCUCUAAAAAGUUAGGUGUUUAACUGCCAUUAUCUUGUAAGCACAUUAUUUCAUAGCAGCGAUAAAUCUGUCCGACUUGUCCUUAGGCUGUAAAAUGUGAAAUACUAAAAUCAAAGUUUCAAUCUAUAAGGAUAUAAGUAUUUGAUAAAUAAACCUGUAACACAAUGCACAUUUUUCUUACAUUAGAAGAACCAACAAAUAUGUAUGGAUAACUUUUAACAAGGUUCAAAAGUCCUGUAACUAAAAGUAAAAACUGAUCAUUUUUACCAAAGAGUAAUUCCUAUUUUAUUCUGCCACCCAAAUUUUUAUUUAUUUAUUUGGCAAAUCAUAAAUAUAAUCCUAUUUUAAGGGUACCAUGUUUCACUAAUGCUGUGGAUUUACAAAGAAAUGACACUUUUAUAUAUAUCAUAGACUGUGUUAUGAUCGUAUUUGUUCUGUGGAUGUAAGUAGGAUAAGAGAAACAAAGCAGGUUGUCUGAAUGUAAUCAAGUUCACUAAGUUCAUUCCAUGUUUCAUUCACUGAUGGAAUUAUUCAAAAUUAUUUUUACUCCACAAAAAAAUUGUUUGUACUGACUGGGUCUGAAUAUUCUGCUCCCUACUUAUGUUAUAUCCCCAAUGAAAAAAAACAUAUGUAUUGGUUUUGUAUAUCGUCAUUCAUAGACAUUUCCAGAUAAAAAGCUAUCUCUCCCUUGUAAUCACUUUUUUUUUUUCUUCUCAUAUUACUCAUUUUUUCAAUACCAUCUCUUGUCUCUUCUUGCCUAAUAAAGAAUACAUAGGAGACAGAUUUGCUCAUUCUGCUGUAGUUAAACAGUUUUAAUUCUGACUGUACCAAGUCUGAUGAACUUCUUACUCCGUAUGUAUAUUUUUUACUUUCUAUUACUUUUUUUUUCCUUUUUGCUAAGAAGACUUUGAAGGCAGUUACAGUAAAAUAGAGGAUAGAUACAUUACUUUGGAUAUCAUCAUCUACAUUUGUGUACUUAUGUAACAAUUAUCUGUGACCAAUACAGCAAUAUUUAUUU